GCUUUAUUUCGUUUGCAUACAUGGCGACAAGAAAGAGUGAACAACCGACUUUUUCUCAUAAGGAUAAUACGCGAUUUCUAUUUCUUGCUUUCAGCUAUACCAUCAGUAGUGUAAAGAUAUUUACGUAUAAAUGUAGGGUGUGCUGUUCCAAAUUUGUACGCAAUAAAGAAAAUUUGGAUCGUUUUCAUACAAACCCGUCUAGCGUAUUCUUUAUGACCAUGGGUUCCUGAUUUCGCGUUACACCCGACGAUGACCUUUGAUGGCCGGUGCUUUUUGAGGUUUCACCAGCUCAGAUACGUCACCACUUUUUUUGACUUUCCAGAAAAUUUUCCAACCACGCUUUUUUGGCCCUGUUCCUCCGAAGGCUCCUGUCGUUCUUCCUCUUUCUCUUUUUGUUUUCUAACUUAUUGCCAUGGUAGAAGAGACCAACAAGGACGACACCAAGCUCGAUACAAAAGUCGACUUUGAGUUAAAGAAAAAAGCCAACAAAAAGAAGAAAAAGGCAGCUGUAUCAGGACCUGUUGCACCCAUUGAUCCAUACUAUGAACAAGUUAUGCACAAAUACCCAGUACUUUUACGCAACACCAAGACCAAAGGACGUCAUGCCGCUGCUUCCGAACAACUUGGUGAAGGCACAACAGUCUGUCUAGAACAAGCAACAGCAUUUGUCGUUCGAUCCGAAUAUAUCGAUCAGCAUUGCCACGUAUGUCUGGAUUCGCUCUCUACUAAAAUGAUGUGCUCUGACUGCAGCAAAGCAUUCUAUUGCUCCAAGACGUGCCUGGAACGUGAUGAUACACAUGCGUUGGCUUGCUCAACCAUGGCGCAAGUCGAUAGCAUUGCUCGGGUAACAGAUGUUGAUCCAGAUCUUUUGCGGCUAAUUACGCUGUUACUUGCACGACGCCAACGAGAUUCUUCUGAGAAAGAGAACGACGGCAAAGACAAACAAACCAGUACUCCGACCCCGUUUUGGUGCACCAACGAUCUUAUAAGCCAUCGCGACCAUGCCAAUCCAGCGUUUAUCCGGGUAGUCACAGAAGCAGGUGAACGGCUAUUAUCCGAAAUGGCAGAGUCUAUGCAAGUUCCAGUCGAUGACUUGGUUACGCUCGCAUGCAGGAUCAAUUCAAACGCACACGGUCUAGGCGACAACGAAGCGCGCAACACGGAUGUAGCACUCGGACUUUUCCCUGUCGGCGCCAUGUUCUUUAACCAUGCAUGUAACCCAAACUGUGCCUUUGUAGGUGUCCAGAACGGCCAGCUCGCUUUCAGAACGAUUCGACCUGUACAGAAAGACGAAGAGCUGACAGUCAGCUAUAUCGAUCUAUACGCAUCGCGUGACGAGCGACGACAGGAUCUUUGGGGAACAAAGCAUUUCUGGUGUAAGUGCAAAAGGUGCACAUCGCCUAUGGAUAAGUCUGUGGAUCGAUUCUUGCAGAGCAUCGUGUGCGAGACAUGCUAUCAAGAUGUCUAUGUGGUUCCACCGUCUUCUAUGGAGGAACUUGUUCAUGGAAGAAGAGUUGAGCCAAGCGGAGAAUGGAAGUGUGCUAAAUGUGGCAGUGCUGCAUCCGCCCAGUCGGUGUCCUCAACGAUUGAGAAGGCUCAGGAGAUGUAUAUGGAAGGAUUGAUGGCAAUUCGAAAAGCGCGUGACUAUCGACGAGCACGAUCAAAACUGGAGCCUUUGGUGACGACGGUGACGAUGAAAAAGUCAGAAAGUGAUAAGGGCGGCGACUUGCAUCCACGAAACGCCUUGCGUCUCAAUGCAUCGAUCCCCCUUAUGAACUGCCUCAGACACAGCCAGGAUAUCAAUGCGGCCAUCAACGUCAAUCGCUAUAUUAUCGAUACUAUGGAGGAGCAUGCCAAAGAAAGCCUGCCGAGAAACACUGCUGAGAUAUCGGAUUUUUGGCAAAAUCUGGGCGAGCUAUGUGAUCUCAUGGCCAGUAAGACUCAGGAUCGUGCUGCGCUGAGCAAGCGGUGGCGAAAGGAGGCUCGGGAAGCGUUUGACCAAGCUGCUAGAGUACGAUCUGUAGUAUUUGGUCCAGAGCAUCCAAAGACAAAGUUUGUCAUGAAACUUGCAACCUCUGUAUAAACUACACUUUUGUCAUAUAAAAAUAAAUAUAUAUUUAAGUCAUGUGAAGUGGCACUACAAAA